CACAUCACUAACUUGUGGGAACGAACGGGUGGAAAAAAAUAGUCGCUCGCUCGCUGCGAUUUAUUGUUAUUAAAAUUUGUUAAAUAAGUCAAAAAGAAAACAAAAUCAAUGGCCUGCAACGCUAGCAAGACGCAUCUGUUGCGCUCAAUUGCCAAACGCGGUUAUGCGACCUGCCCACGCCUCGUCGGCGACACCUCGCCCAUCGCCGUCAACGUGCUGGAUAACAAGCUGGUGGUGGCCACAGCUGAUGCCUCGGUGCCCGUUUCUCGUGUCUCCAUCGUGCUGCGUGCCGGCUCACGUUAUGAAGCGUACGACACACAGGGCGCUUCGCAUUUGCUCCGUCUGGCUGGCACCUUGAGCACCGAGAGAUCGACGGCCUUUGCCAUUGCACGAAACAUCCAACAGGUCGGCGGCAGCCUGACCGCUUGGGGCGAUCGCGAAUUCGUUGGCUACACCGUUGAGACGACCGCAGAUAAUGUGGAGACCGGUCUGCGUUAUCUGCAGGAUCUCCUGCAGCCCGCUUUCAAGCCCUGGGAACUUAAGGAUAACGCCAAGACCUUGUACAAUCAGUUGGAUUCGGUGUCCAAAGAGGAGCGCGCCAUUGAGCUGGCACACAAGGCCGCCUUCCGCACCGGUCUGGGCAACUCCAUUUACAUCCCACGUUUCCAGCUGGGCAAUAUCUCAAGCGAGAGCUUGCUCCACUUCGUUGGCAGCACCUUCAAUCCCAGCACUGCUGCCGUUGUGGGCGUCGGCGUGGACAACAAUCUGCUCUCUGGCUUUGCCCAGAAUCUGAUUUUCCCUAGCGGCGGCGGCUCCGUCAAGAGCAACAAUAGCUACUACGGUGGAGAUGCACGCAAGGACACAGCUGGAGAUCGCGCUGUGGUCGCCGUUGUUGGCGAAGGUGGCGUUGCUAGCAACCAAAACGAGGCUUUGGCAUUCGCCAUUUUGAGGCAGGCUGUUGGCGGCGGUGCUGCCACCAAGCGUGGCAAGUCCGCCGGCGCCUUCGGCGAGGCCGUCAGCUGCGCAGGUGAUGCACCCGUGUCAUACCAAGCCAUCAACAAAUCCUAUACAGACGCCGGAGUCUUCGGCUUUGUCGCUUCCGCCGGCAGCAAAGAUAUUGGCAAGGCAGUUGAUUUCCUGGUGCGCGCCCUGAAAUCUGGCUCUGUGUCCGAUAAGGAUGUAGCUCGUGGCAAGGCAGUGCUGAAGGCACGUGCCCUGUCCAACUACUCGUCCGACGGUGAAUUGAGCAAGCAAAUCGCUCGCCAGGCGGCCAUCACCCGAACUGUGCUGGAAGCCGAUGCUUUGGUGGCUGCCAUCGAUGCCGUCUCAGUGCAACAGGUGCAGGCGGCGGCCAAGAAGGUUGCGGGCUCCAAGCUCUCGGUCGGUGCCAUCGGCAAUCUAGCCAAUGUGCCCUACGCUUCCGACUUGGCUUAAGUAGUUAAUCUUGUAAACAAAAAAAAAAUGUAAUUUAAAUACCCUGCCUGGAGACAUAACGAAAUAAAACUGUUGUCAUUCACGAUAUCGA